AAGUGUGAGAGCGGCCGGGAGCUGGGGGAGAGGGGAGGCUGAGUCAGCGCACGGUAAACAAGAGCGCUGCCGAGUUCACUUAUGCAACCUGGGGCUGCGAGCGGCGGCUGGCGGGAGAAGGAGCCGGUGGAGAUGGAUGCAGGAACGCUGCUGCUCCCGAAGCGUCCUGGGGACGGACCCGCACACGGGCUGUGAAGAACAAACUGCCUUGAACAUGAGAAAGGACACGGGUCGGUAGGAAAUGCUGAGCUGGGCCCCCAGCACAGCAAACAGGUUCUGUGCCUUCCCGGCAAAGCUGGUAACCAGCUGAGAAGACUCAAAAGCUACAAUCAACUAUGUGGAGCUGUGAAACCUUCAACAACAGUACCGAGAGCAGUGAGGACCAGCAUCUCUGCCAUGACUUCCACCUUGUGCUUUCCAUCUUCUCCCUACUCUACCUCAUCAUAUGUUUCCCGAUCGGCCUGUGUUACAACGGCCUGCUGGUCCUAGUUAAUCUCUACAACAAAGCUACUAUGACUAUGCCGGAUGUUUAUUUUGUCAACAUAGCCAUCGCUGGUCUCAUCAUCAACGCUCUGGCACCAAUGUACCUUCUGGGUCUUGCCAAUACAAAAUGGGCCAUCUGGAAUUCUAACAAUGAAGUUUAUAUCACCUUACUUAUUUUAUUCAACGUCUCGUCUUUAGUUACCAUGUACUCGACUACCUUACUCAGCCUGGACUACUACAUUGAACGUGCCCUGCCUAGAACUUACAUGUCAAGCGUGUACAACACCAAACACGUUUGUGGAUUCAUAUGGGGCGGUGCCAUGCUGACAAGCUUUUCAUCUCUCCUCUUCUACGUCUGCAAUCACGUAUCCACGAAAAUAAUUGAAUGUUCCAAGAUGCAGAACAAAGAAGCGGCAGACGCCAUUAUGGUGUUUAUCGGGUACGUGGUACCCGCUAUCGCUGUACUGUACGCACUUAUAUUAAUCUUGCGAAUACGCAAAGAGGCGACGCCACUGGAUCAAGACACUGGACGAUUAGAUCCGUCGGUGCACAGGCUUUUGAUUGCCACAGUCUGUACACAGUUCACCUUAUGGACACCCUAUUACGUUAUUCUCUUAGUAAGCACAUUUACUAACACACAAGGAAGACUCGCAGAUGAAAAUUACAGUCGGGUAUUACAUUUUACCAAGAUUUUGUCGAAAUUCUUGGCUUUCUCAAGCAGCUUUGUGAUGCCUCUGCUCUACAGAUACAUCAACAAAAACUUCCCCAACAAGUUACGACGUCUGCUCAAAAAGAUGCACUGCGGGAGCCGCGGCUGUUCCCACGAGCGCACGGUGGUGCAGCAGGUCAUGACGUAGGGGCGGACCCCGGCGCUCUGGUACCGCCGCUCAGCGCUGGGCUCAGCGUCGGUAACGCGAGAGGCCCAGCCAGGGAGUCCAAUGAAAACCGGCUGACUGUUGGCUGCAAUCUUGUGAGACUCUGGCCUGCGUGAUACCUGGGACAUCUGACGCGUGCGGCGCGCUCAGCUGGUUACAAAGCUUACGCUUCAUGGCGCUGCUGCCUGGGGGGCUCACCGGGCAGUCGACUGAAGCCUUGACUGAAGACACAGCACCUUGUAUCUUGUACAGAAAAGGUAUUUCUUACCUGACGUUCUGUACAAAAGAAGUAACGUGGCUGUCCUUGAUGAAGUAAAUAGGAUUUUUCAAUGAAGACUAUCUAGAUGAUCUUUACUAAAGAUCAUAUUACCCAAUUAUUCAUGUCCAAAUAGUUAAAUGUUAAUUAUAAAUUAUUUAAUUUCUUUCUCCAUCACUGAAUCCCCUCUAAAAGAAGCCUAAUUUACCGUUUUCAGAAAUUAUUUUCUCACACAAACUAACCUAAGUUUUAACAUUUAUUACAAACUGAUUUUUUUUCUAGGUAUAACAAUUAACAACAAUGUGUUUUAUUUUUCCAGUGCUCUGUUUGCAUCCUAAAACAUUUCAAGAAUUCAGAAAUAUUUAUUAACUAAGGGAACUGAGAGAUGUUUGUUCUGCGUAUUAAAAUGAAGGACACAGUGGUUUACACAGUUAAAAUUUAACAAGUAAAGAAUGUCUGGCUAAGUGUUAUGGUCCACAUAUGUUCAUGUAAUGAGUAAUUACCUUACAAAUAAAUAUGUUUAUUAUUAA